AUGGAAAAACAUUUUGCUCCAGCAAAACUUUCAAUAGAUCCAAACUCUUCAACAGCAGCAAUGGAAUGGAAUCACUGGCUCAGGACAUUUACAAAUUUUAUUGAAGUGACAGAAGCAAAUGAAUCUGAGAAAUUGAAACUUCUAAUCAACUAUGUGGUGCCUUCAGUAUAUACUUAUAUCAGUGAAUGUUUGAAUUUUAAAGAUGCAAUUGGUAAUCUUCAAAAUCUAUAUUGUAAGCCAGUGAACGAAGUAUUUGCUCGCCAUAAGUUAUCUACUCGUCAGCAACAACCAGGAGAAUCAGUUGACCAAUAUCUAGAAGCUUUAAAGAUACUCAGCAAAGACUGCAAUUUUAAAGCUACUUCUGCAGAAGAAAAUAGAGAUGACUGCAUUAGAGAUGCAUUUGUAAAUGGUCUGAUUGCUCCACACAUUCGCCAGAGACUGCUAGAGAACUUUAAGCUGCCUCUUCAAGAUGCUUAUGAACAGGCCCGUUGUUUGGAAAGUGCACAACAACAAGCCCUCCUAUAUCAACCCAGCUCAAAUCUCAAUUCAGUUUUAAAACAAGAAAACUCAUGA